AUGUGGUGGGAAUGGGUCACAAGGAUCAAGUCGUGCGGUAGCGAUCUCCGCAAGCUCAAAGCCAUCGAUUCCCAUCUCCGCGCGAGCCCCUUUGCGAGCGACUCCAGGAUCUUGGGCCCUUUGAUCGACGCGUAUGGAAAAUGUCGGUGUGUGGAGGAUGCCCGCGCGGUGUUUGAUCGGAUUCCAGAGCCGGAGCCCAGCGCCAGGAAGUGUCUGUUUCAAUCGUAUGCGCUCAAUGGGUAUGCGCGAGAGGCGAAGAAGAUGUUCGAUUCGAUGCCGGAAAGGAGUUCUUCUUGCUGGAUCUCGCUGGUUCAAGCAUUUACCAAGAGCGGGCAUUCUAAGUUGGCGAAAGCCUCGUUUGAGAGGAUGGCGUAUCACAGCGUCAUAGCUUCGACGGCAAUGUUAGUGGCUUCCACUCAGAUGGGAGACUUCCAAAACUCCAGGAGAGUUUUCGAGUUGAUGCGGCUGAGAGACGUCGUGUGCUGGACUGCGCUGCUUCAAGCACAUACCCGGUGCGGGCAUCUUGACGCCGCCUGCGAGUUCUUCAAUCAAAUGCCGCAGCGGAACUUCUUCUCCUGGACUGUGAUGGUGAAGGCAUUUGCACUAGCGAGAAACAUCGAACACGCGAAAUCGUUCUUCGAUCAAAUGCCGGAGCGAGAUCUCAUGUGCUGGAACGUCCUACUCCUCGCAUUUGCCGAGAGGCGGCACCUUGAAGAAGCUCGCGAGAUGUUCCAGCGGCUUCCACGCACAGAUCUCGUCUCCUGGAACUGCCUCAUCCAAGCCCUUGUGGAGUCGGGGAACCGAGCCGAGGCCCGCCACCUUUUCGACACACUCCCAGAGCACAACGUCGUCUCGUAUAGCCUCCUCGUCCUGGCCCAUGCACACGCAAAGGAACUCGACCAGGCCAAGGUGGUCUUCGACGCUAUGCCCGAGAAGGACGUGGUUGCCAAGACGGCCAUGGUACAGGCCUAUGCCAAGCAAGGCCAAAUGCUGCAAGCCACGGAAGUCUUCCCACCAUCCCGGUUCGGGACCGCGAUGACAAAUGCUCCACGACGAUGGUGGUGGCCGCUGAUAGCCGGGUAUGCCCAAGUCGGGCAUAUCGACAAGGCCGUGAAUCUCUUCCGGGCUAUGGAGCUCGACGGCCAGGACCCCGACGAGUUUGCUCUGUCCGCCAUCCUGGCCGCGUGUAGCCGAGGUGGGAAGGUCCGAGAGAGCCUCGAGAACUUCUGGUCCAUGAGUUAUGAUCGAGGGAUGGAGCCGGCGCUGGAGCACUACAAGUGCAUGGUGGAUGUUUUAGCUCGGUCCGGGCAGCUGCGAGAGGCCGAGGAUCUCAUCCAGAGCAUGCCAGUUCUUCCGGAUCAUAUCACCUGGAAGACGCUCCUGGGUGGCUGCUCGACUCACGGGGAUUUGUCCCGCGGAGAGAAAGCCGCCAGUGAGGUGCUUGAGCUCAACCAGAAGAAGGCCGGGACGUACGUCCUGCUCUCUAACAUGCUAGCGAUCAAGGAGCGGCAGCAGCGGCAUCUGGAGAUCAUGGCAUGA